AUGGAUGAAAUUGAAAGGAAAAUAACGAAGAUAGAAAGAGACGGAAGAGUAGAAAAAGAAGACCUGGAAGAAUGGAUGGAAAUAGAAAGAAAAAGAAGAAGGGAUGUGAAAAACAAGGUAAAAGAGUUGGAAAGAGAGGCUAGGAACCAGGAAAUAAGACUAAGAACAAUUGAGGAAAACCUAAAAGAAAGCGGAAAAGAAAGAGAUGAGAAAGGAGCAGAAGAGGAAGUAGAGAGAAAAAAAGAGAAAAACAAAAGAAAAAAAAGGAAAAUGGAAAGUGAGAGUGACGAAUCACCAGGAGAAGAAUGGGACGAGUGGAAAAAAAGAAUACUGGUAGUGAAAAAGGGACCAAAAUGGGAAGAAGGUGCAAAAAUAGAAGAAUGGUUUGAAAAUGUUCAUAAAGUGAAAGUGAAUCACGUAAUGGAAUUGGGAGAAAGGCUGAAAGUAGAGUUUAAUAGCAGAGAACACAGAGACAAGAUAUGGGACUUGGAAAGAGAAAUAUAUAGAGAAGGAAAAAUGAGCUUAGACGAGUGGCUGUCCUUUGAAGAAAGAAAAGAGAGGGACAAAAUGGUAAGGGUAGCAAAGAAGGUCCUCAGUGCUUGCCAGGAAGCAGGAGUAGUAAUGGACAUCGUGGUAGAAAACAGAAGGAUGAUUAUAAAUGGGAGGACUUACAGAAAGAGGGGAGACACACAGGCGAUCGAAACCACUACUAAAGAAGCGAGUAACCUGGGCGUAACCAGGAAAAUUCGCGGUCCGUCAAAUAUUGACCAGAACGGAUACAGACCAGACUUCGCCACAGUCAAGCCGACCAGAGCUAAGCUUGCGGCGAUAGAUGAGCCUGACACUACAGAGAUAAACAGAGCUCAACCAGUUCGACAUACGAGUAUGAAACAGUAUUUGAACGAAAAAGAAUUUCUCGACGACGUUGAGAAAGACAUGGGAACCCAUAAUCAACAAAGGAAAAUAGAACUACCAGACAGAAUGAGUGAGGAACAUAAAGUAAAAAGAAAUACAAGAGUAAGAGAACCUCACAGAAGUUAUUCUCGUCGACCAUCUAGCUCCUUCAGCUCAUCAAGGGAAACUCAUAGUGAUAAGGAUAACCACAGACGAGCUAAACAAUCAGAAAGGAGAAGACGCUUGGGCUUCCCACCAGUUAAACAAGAACGAACCUGGACAAAUCAAGACAAAAUACCGAAAAUAAAUAACAAUCAGACUAAUGUCAGAAAUAAUAACCGGGACCAACAGACCCAUGGGUACAGGCAAGAUCAACGAGUACCAGUAUCAAAUAGCGUGGAAACAAGAUGGAAUUUACCUUCACUGAUACCGUUUCAGAACAAUCAGACAGAAACAAAUAAUACAGUGAAUAGUAAUAAUCAGAAGACAGACAAAACAGAGAGCCAUGCAAAUGCUGCCAAGGUGAUCAUAAUUACAGACAAUGCCCAAAGAAUCCUUGUUUCUUCUGUUACCAGUCAGGUCAUUAUGCAGCAUCUUGCCCGAAAAAGGAAACUUUAUUUCCAAGAAUAG